CCAUUUAGCAGACGUUUGCAAUCAUGGGUGAUGGGGGCCCAGGAGUACGUUGACACUCCUGCCAAACACAGCACAAGGGGAGAUCUAAUAGCACAAUCAACCAAUGCAAUCUUAUUUUUGUUUUGGUGUCUCUUUUUUAAAUAUUAUUUUAAUCACAUUUUGGCUUUAGACCCCGUAUAACCUACCGGGGUGACUGCCUGAAUAGGUUAUGGAUGACAAACAACAAAGGACAUGUGCAUGACACAACACUGCACUCACAUAAAUUAUGCAACAGUUCAAUGGUCCCAAAAACGUCCUGUUUCAGGAGUGCAGAAAACAAUAUGAAACAAUAUAAACUCACUGUCUCUAAAGUGUGAUUUGCCACUGGAAAAAAAGUAUUCAUGAAAACCCUCUUCUUCUAAGUGUAUCUUAAUAGAAGGGAGGAGGGUGUGGUUUAAAGGCAUGCUGACAUUUGCAAUCAGCAGUCAGUGAUGAACACCUGUCCAUCGUUACCUUCUCAGUCUGGGAUUGGCCACAGAGUAUUUCCUGUUUCAUUUUUAACCGAUGCUCUGAGAGAGGAAGAUAACAUUUCAGCUGACAAGCAAAAUGGCCAUGUGGUUUCAUCCAAGUCAGUUGCUCCUCAUUGCACUGUUGAGCUGGAAUGUCCAUUCGUUUCCUGCUAAAAACAGCUGGAGCUGGCGUUCUCCUGAUGAAGGCAGUUUCACUAACAUGGAGAUGCCUCCUGGUUAUUCAUUCCAAAGUGCUCCUGCGCUACCUUCCAGUGCAAUUUACCCUGCUGUUUCCUUCCCAUAUGAAGGAGUGAAUACUAGUCCUGUAACGUAUCCAGCAAGCCCUACUCCAGACAUGUCCAGUAUAGGUUCACAAGUACGCUGGGUACUUCCUACUCCUGCUUGGGAUCCUGUGGAAGAGUCUGCAACUCCCUACACUGAGUCCAGAACAUCUCAGCCCAUACCUGAUAGCCUUCCUCCACCUUUGUUUCAGGCAGGUGAGCUUGAUACCUAUGAACUGAACUCAGAGAUUGGUAACUCCGAACAUGAAACUGAGGAGUCAAGCUUAAUGCCACCACCUCCUCCAUAUCCAGAACCUGAUUUUCAGCCUGGUGAGUUGAGUAAAUAUAACUACAUCUUUGAGCAUGGAAAUGCAGAGAGGGAAACUGAACAACAAGGAUACAUGCCCCAACCUCCCUAUGCCUCAGCUGCACAGGGAGCUGAAGAGUUGUCGUCUGCUUCCAUGUCCGAACUCCCCACGCAGCCAGUCUCUGGAAAAAUGCAACCACUUGACCUGAAUUACUACCUCUUCUUGACCGGUCAGCUUCCUCCUGGCACACUCACUCACUUCCAGAAAACUUAUGAGUCUGGCAUAGACGACUGGGCUGAAGACCAUUAUGAGGGAUAUGAUCCUAUGGCUGAAAGUCCAACCAUCCCCACUCAGACAAAGGAGUUUCCCAGUGAUGGACUUUGGCAGCAGCCCCAGUUCUAUUCCAAAGCUUAACCAGGACUGUAAGCCUUGUAAACCAACUUGAAGCACGUCAGGGUAAAGACAGUUGUAGGGUCCCUGCAGUCUACUAAAUGUGUACUUGUCUGUGUUCCAGUUGCUUGUGACUUCUAAAUAAAAUGUUUGAAAACUAAACUGUUUCCUUUUAAUGUGGGUAUGCCACAUUAAAGUCUGGGUCUCUCACUUGACAAUUUACAAAAAAAAAAAAAAAAUAGCAUUGUUCAACUAGAGGACAGUAUCUCUGGAACUGGAUUUAAAAACUAAGAUCCCAACACGAUGGAGCACAUCGUUGUUGCGAAGUUGGCUGUAACUGACAAUCUAAACUCAUCCUGGUAAAUGGUAGCACCUACAUGCUAGUUGCAGCUUAAGACAAUGGUGUAGUCUUUUGGCUUGAAGGAUUGUUUGUGCUCAUGCCUGAGCUUAAAACUGUAUGAGCCUACAACUUGAGGUGAAAAUUAAACUGAGGUUAAGUCUGAAAUUGGUUUGCAGUCAUUGGACUGUUGCCACAUUUGCCUUUCCAGCACAA